AUGCCCCGUCGUUGGUUUUCCGAUCGGCUCCAUCACGCCUGGGGACUCGUGGCCGGUCGCCAUGGCCGGCAAAGGGACCAAGGAAGGCAAAGCCCUCAACACUAUGCGGAAAUUGUGACUGCUCCCGAUCAGAGCCCGGAUCGGGCCAACCACCUCCGUCGAGGCGCCUCUCUUCCAGAUCUCCUGACCUGUGCCACCCUAGGUGGUAUUGCCCAACCGCUUCCUCUUGAUAGUGAAAGCCUUUGGGAUGCUCCGACACCUGCCCCUUCUCCUGUUCAGUCCCAGUCAAAUGGCGCUAUUGGUCUCGGUACUUUCCUCGGGGAAUUGGAAAGAGAAGCAUCCCGUGAAGACCAGCAUUUUAUCCCAACAGCUAUUAUUACGACUCGCGACACUGGAUCCAUCGGUACAGGAAUUGAGGAUCAGCCCUGGAUGCUUCCUGGCCAAGAUUUCUUCCCUGAAAGUCAGCCGACGGUUCCUGGCCAUCUGAGAACCGGGUUAUUUUUGAGCUCUCAACCGAAACAUCGCACGCUUGAGCCAUGCGACUGCUGCAGCCCAAAGACCUUGGCCGGAGACUGGCGAGCCUUGACUCCCGACCCUCUCACGCAUACCUUUACUCGUCACGAAUCUUUGGCAUCGUGCUCUGAGCUUCGCGGCCGAGACCAUUCCAAGUCCCAAGACAAAGCCUUUGCGGUCCCUAUCAGUGUUAUUACUAUUCACAGCGAUGUCUUUGCCCUUCUACUUGAGGUUCUCGUCUCUCCGAGCGGACUGAUUGGCCAAGAAGACGGGCUUAAUCUCCCGCUGUUGCUUGCCACGUUAUCAUAUGCUCUAGACCAAGGCAUGACCCGAGAGACUAAAAAGCUCAAGAGAACUAUUGAUCGAUACAUCCCCCUCCGCAUGUUCCACCACAAUCCUCAUACCAACUCACCUCGUCUGGAGUUUGAGUAUUACGAGUUCCGUUCCGAGGAAGUCUACCGGGCCUGGCUAGUAGUCUCCAAAGAUGGGAGACUCCGUGAAUACCUCUCUCCCAGUGAGGCGGUAACUCUUUACAUCUACUUAGUGCCUAAUUGGUGGUGGUCUAACUGGAUUCACGACUACGACGAAAAGUUCAUAGAAGACACCAACAUUGCCUGGGCCUAUAUCGAGGGCGCCCCUGGGAGUCGGUUUGAGCAAGUCUUUCAAAGUUUCUUUAGCCGCACACGACUUGGAUUGCAUUCUUGGGUAGGAAGCGCUGCCCUUAGUGGUGGAGACCAAAGCUCUGUGACUAACACCAAGUCUCAGGAAGAAGCUUUACAAGGAUCCGGCAACCAACCAGACGGCGCUCUCACCCUCUAUGGCGUCCCGUUCCAGGGAACUCGGAAGGCACCGCAUCAAAAGCACCCUCCAGUAAGCGGAGGUGAUUUGGAAGAAACCCUAAGGGGAUUUCAAGGGGGCCCAAGCCAGUGGGCUCUCGAUGCACUUUUCACUGGCGGUGCUAGGGAGAUUCUGGAUGAGUCGGUUCAAGAUGGAGUUCUCACUGGUGUGCCUGACGGUUCGGAUUACGAUCAAAUGCGUGGAGAUCAAGAUGUACCUCGUAUUGUGCCUCCUGUGGCUGUAUCUGACAUAUCUGCUAGUUCAGAGCGAGACAUUCGUCGAAUUCGCAGAGAGACAGCUGUGUUACCUCGGGUUGAUUGA